GCGGGACAAAAGCGCGACGCAAAGUCGGGCGGGAGACAACAGGGCGAGAACAGUAGCAACGUUUUGCUCCACGACUGUGACGGCGAUGAAAAAGCGAUGACAAUGGAAAAGGCUGCAGCCGGCGCAGCAGCUGCAACAACCACACGAACAUCUUCUCCCUCUGUACUAGAUUCAGAAUUCAUGCACGACGCCAUCGUUCCCGGAACGACCGAGAGCCAAGACACCAUAAUGUUUGCAGCAAAGCAAAAAUCUUGCGACUCGCGAGGCACCCGGUCAAGCGACCUGCGAAGAGGCCGGCUUUUUUCCCCACCAGUGUCGACGGCCGAGCUGCUUGCGUUCAAGGGGUUUACCAAGUUUUACCGUCAGCAAAAUUUUCUGCGAUACCAGAUCCGCAUCCAAAUUCGGCUCGUCGUUUCGCUCGCGUUGAUACUGGCUCCCCUGGUGUCUUCCCUCACGAACGUCUACUACUCCCUCGGGUUUCCCCAAGAUGAGCGGGAACUUUGGGUGAGUCUCAUCGUCCCCUUUGUGUUCCUCUGUGAAGAUUUGAUCGAGUGGUACGUAGUCACGUUCCGGCUGACCUUAUUCAACCAGAAACAAGUCGUCGACUUGGUUCCGCCCUUUCUGCGGUUUUACGAAAAACGUCACCCGCUCGCUAGGAAUUUUAGACUGGGUCUCAUCGGCGCGUGCAUGCUCUACCUCCUGCUUAUGUUCCAGAACCGGUACCCGACCCUGAGAUUCAAUUUGGUCGACAAAAUCGGAGCCGAGACGGGAUGGGAGAAGCAUGAAGCGGACCUUCUGACCAUUCCCGUUAUCUGGGAAUACUGUGGGUGGUAGUUGUUCUGAGCAACAAUGCCGCGGAGGCGGAGCCGGAGUAAGGCUUCAAAUUUUGUGUAUCACAUUGUUCGAUUUCAUUUUCUCCAAUUUUGUUCUCGUGCAAAGAUGGCAUUUUCCGCUAUUAUUUGAGUACACAAGAAUUUAGUAGAUGAAAAAGUAUAUACUUACAACUACAGUGAUCCAUGAAUAACAGAAACAGUAUGAGAGACCACAUGACGAUCACUUCAUUAGCCCAGUAGUUGUAAGUACGCAUGCAGGAUAUUGUUCUCGACUACAGUGUACAUUUUUAACAAGCAGCAUGUAUUUACAAUAGCCAUGAAAUAAUUCGAGUACAAAUUAUUUGGUUAUGAGUUGUGCCCAUGCUAUAACAUGAGUGACCAGAACAAGCAGAAAUUAGGAAAAAAAUCUCGGGUAAAAACAAAAACUGUCGUGUAUGCGACCAUGCAGAUAUUACUUAUCGCCUCGCUCUUGCUCUAGUAUCACGACCAUAAAAUAAAUCAGUAAACAUAAAGCACAUGAGAAGAAUAAUUUAAGUGAAAUACGAAAACUCUGUAUAUGGUGAUAUUAACUGAUGUGGUGCCGAUUGAAAUUGAUUUCGAUCCAGCAAGC